AUGGCUGGAAUGAAAUUUGAAUACGAUGAAAGUGGUGGAAAGUUUUAUUAUUUUGUUCUCGCUGUCUACGCAUUAAUUCUCAUACCAGCAACCUAUUGGUUAUGGCCUAAGACAGAAAAAAGAAAAAGUGCACCACAUCCUGAAGAUACAUCUAAUUUUCCUACUUGUCGACAAAAGCAUCAAUUGUUUCAUGCAAAUGAACCCAAUCGAAGACGACGCGCCAUAAUAACUAAAAUUGGCUUAGUGUUAGCAUGGGUUAUUUUAUUAACUCUUGCUUAUCGAGUAUCAUUAAUUGAAACCGAACAUAAGGAGUACGAUCCAUUUUCAAUGUUGGGUAUCGAUCCAGAAGCUACUCUUCCUGAAAUAAAACGCGCUUAUCGUGAUCUGAGUAAAAAACAUCAUCCAGAUCGUGGUGGAGAUGCAGAAAUGUUUAAAGAAAUAGCUAAAGCAUAUAAAACGUUAACUGAUGAAGAAGCAAAAGAAAAUUGGCGAAAAUAUGGAAAUCCUGAUGGACCAGGAGUGACUCAUUUUGGCAUUGCUCUACCAAAAUGGUUAGUUGAUCAUCAAAAUUCUAUAUUCGUUCUUUUGGUUUAUGCUGGUAUCUUUAUGAUCGUUCUUCCUGUUAUUAUUUGCGUUUGGUGGCAAAAAUCUGCUCGUUAUUCGGGUGAUCAAAUUUUAAUUGAUACGACUCAACUUUAUUGGAUAUUUUUAAGCAAAACAGCGUCGAUAAUUGUGAAACGCGCAAUAAUGAUUCUUAGUGCAUCAAGAGAGUUCGAUCGAAAUCGUAAUCCUCUUAUUGUCGAUCGAUUAAGUGAUAAUGUUGAAUUGCCAAAGCUAUUUCGAGAAUUACCCGAUGUUCAAGAAAAAACAAAAGAAAGACCAUUUCAAUUACCUUAUUGCUUAAAAUCACGUACACUUCUUCAUGCUCAUCUUGCACGACUUACGACGUUAAGUGAUGAUCUUGAUAAAGAUAAGCGAUAUAUUGUGAAGAAAUCUCCAUAUUUAAUCAAUGAAAUGAUUAAUAUUGAAGCUCAACUUGUUGCUUUGGGACAUGUUGGAAGAUUGAAAAAUCCGCCACGUCUUGAUACAAUUGAAAAUACAAUGAAACUGUCGCCAAUGAUCAUACAAGCAUUAGGGAAUUUGAAAAGUCCUCUACUUCAAUUACCACACAUAACUGAGAGUCAGCUAAGAUUUUUUGAAACAAAAAAGCGAACCAUUAAAUCAAUACGACAAUUCGCAGCCAUGAACGAUGAAGAACGUCGUUCCAUGUUACGUAGUAUUACAGAUGAACAGUAUGAUGAUAUCAUGAAUGUUCUUUCGAUUUAUCCACAUAUAACAAUGACUGUAUCAUGUGGAGUAUUUGAUGACGAAGAUGAACAUAUAAUAACAACAGGUGCCGUUGUUACAUUAACAAUACAUUUACAACGUGAAAAUAUGUCAACCGUAUUUAACAAAGAGCUUGGAUCAAAUACAUUGGCUGCGAUGAAUACUAUUGAUUAUGAAGUAAAUGAAGAGCAAGCAGACGAUAAAGAAAAUCGAGAGAAGACUAAUGAAACUUCUAAAGCAGCUGCAACCGCAUCGAACGCAACAAAAGGUUGGAACAAUAAAUCAGAUAAAAAGAAAAAGACAAAAAAGAAAGGACACGCACCCGCAACAAAAACGAGUCAUAAUCCAUCGAAUAAACAAGUAACAACAACGGCAUCUACUACUACUACGACCACUACUGGCAAUAAAAAUCAAUCGAAACCAGUAGAUAAAGAUUCAAGUGAUGAUGAUUCAUCGAAACAUUCUGAUGACUCUCCAUCAACUUUACGUCAACGUCAUGAACCAUCCAAAGACGAAACGAAUAAUAGUGAAAAUGAUAAUAAUGAAGAAGAAAUUCCUUCGACAAAUUUAAAGAAAUCACGAAAAAACUCCGACAAUGACGAAGAUACGUUUCUCGAGCGAUUUCAACAACAACAACGUAAACGUGAAACAUUGGAAACAAAAGCUAAAAUUAGUCAUCGAGUCUUUUGUCCAUUCUAUCCUGAAAUUAAACAAGAAUGUUGGUGGUUAUACGUCGCCGAUAAGAAACAUUUUUCAUUAAUUAGUGCACCUGUCUAUCUAUGCACAUUAAAAGAUAAAGAAGAAAUCGAAAUAAAAUUUUCUGCACCAAAAAUACCUGGUCAUUAUGUUUAUUCAGUUAUAUUAAGAUCCGAUUCAUAUUUCGAUGUUGAUGUUAUGGAAAAUCUUGCAUUCGAUGUUCAAGCGGCAAAAGAAAUGACCGACAAUCAUCCUCAAUGGGAUUUUAGCGAUGAAGAAGGAGCAACAAAUAAUAAAGCAGAAGAUGAAGAAUUCGCCACCGAAAGUGAAAGUGACGAGGAAUAG